CUGUCUGUUGGUUUUCCUUUGAAUACAGGCCACCUUUGCUGGCCACUGAGAAUAAGAGGAAUAGCAGCAGUAUAGGCCAUGGAAUGAAGGCAUCAUCAAGGAGGUGUCCCUGAGCUUCCUGUCGUCAUUGGUGUCUGAUAGCAGCACUCCCUCCCAUUCCCCAGCAUGUAGGUUGAGGCUUGGAUGUCAGCAAGUGAUUAUGUUUAUGUUCAUGUUUCCAGAACCCCAGGAAGGACGAGCAGCGCACCCUUCAGGCUUGCAGUUCUGUCAUCACAGCAGGCUCAUGAGGUGUCACCUGCUUCUGCACACAGUUCUCCAGCAAGUCCAGCACGGCAAGGUGAUGCCUUGCUAGUGCGGUUGCUGUUGUUGGAAUGUCUGUCCUGUGGUGCUAGGAUGCAAGAAACCAUGGGAUUACGGCAACCACAGAAUCUCUGUAAUACAAGUUCCAUUCAGUUUUUUCUGAAAGAAAACUAUCAGUUAAGGUGAAGCAAAGGCACUGCUGUGGAUUAUGAUGUUUUGAAGUUCUGCAUUUUCAGCGCUUUGACAACAAGGCGUCAUUUAACCUUUUAAAUGCAAAACAUUAAGAUCCCAUGCAAUUGUAUUUUCUGGAAUCCAUUCUCCAAAAGGGAAGUGCACAUUUCAGACACAGCCAUGUGGGUCCUUUUGGCAGGGGUUUGAGUCUACUUGCUGUCACAUCAUGACCAGCUUGAAACGAUCGCAGACAGAAAGGCCCAUUGCCACUGACAGGGCCUCUGUUGUCGGCACAGACAGCACCCCCAAGGUCCACACUGAUGACUUCUACAUGCGGCGCUUCCGGUCUCAAAAUGGCAGCUUAGGGUCAUCCAUCAUGGCUCCUGUGGGACCCCCACGAAGUGAAGGCUCUCACCAUAUCACUUCGACUCCUGGAGUCCCAAAGAUGGGGGUCAGGGCCCGGAUUGCAGAUUGGCCACCGAGAAAGGAAAAUAUCAAAGAAUCUAGCCGUUCAAGCCAGGAAAUAGACACCUCUAGUUGCCUUGAGAGUAUGUCCUCCAAGAGCAGCCCCGUGAGCCAGGGCAGCUCUGUGAGCCUCAACUCCAGCGACUCGGCCAUGCUGAAGAGCAUACAGAGCACGCUGAACAGCAAGACGAGGCCGGCGGAGAGCAUGGACUCCCGGUUCCUCAUGCCUGAAGCCUAUCCUGGCUCCCCGAGGAAGGCACUUCGCCGGAUCCGUCAGCGGAGCAACAGUGACAUCACCAUAAGUGAGCUUGAUGUGGACAGCUUUGAUGAAUGUAUCUCCCCGACGUACAAGACGGGAUCAUCGCUGCAUAGGGAGUAUGGUAGCACGUCCUCCAUCGACAAGCAGGGCACGUCCGGAGAGAGCUUCUUCGAUCUCUUAAAGGGUUACAAGGAGGACAAGGCGGACCGAGGCCCAACACCGACCAAGCUUAGUGACUUUCUCAUUGCCGGUGGGGGCAAGGGCUCUGGCUUCUCCUUGGAUGUCAUCGAUGGGCCCAUCUCACAGAGGGAGAACCUCAGACUCUUUAAGGACAGGGAAAAGCCACUCAAGCGCCGGUCUAAGUCGGAAACCGGGGACUCCUCCAUUUUCCGUAAGUUGCGCAAUGCCAAAGGAGAUGAGCUUGGGAAGUCGUCGGACCUUGAGGAUAACCGGUCAGAGGACUCCUCCAGGCCCUGGACUUGUCCUCGGUGCUUCUCACACUAUGAUGUGCAGAGCAUACUGUUUGACUUGAAUGAAGCCAUCGUGAGUAGGCACAAUGUGAUCAAGAGGAGGAACACUACCACAGGAGCCUCAGCGGCGGCUGUGGCAUCCUUGGUCUCAGGGCCCCUGUCACAUUCUGCCAGCUUCAGCUCCCCCAUGGGCAGCACAGAGGACCUGAACUCCAAAGGAAACCUGGGUGUGGACCCGGGAGAUGACAAAAGCAACGAGCUGGUUUUGAGCUGCCCAUACUUUCGGAACGAGAUAGGUGGGGAAGGGGAGAGACAGAUCAGCCUGUCCAAGGCCAGCUCCGGCUCCUUCAGCAGCUGUGAUGGUGCCUCUUUUGAAGCCACCCUGACCUCCCACUGCACAAACGCAGGUGUGGCUGUCCUCGAGGUACCCAAGGAGAACUUGGUGCUGCAUCUCGACAGAGUGAAAAGGUACGUCGUGGAGCACGUGGACCUUGGUGCAUACUACUACAGGAAGUUCUUCUACCAGAAGGAACACUGGAACUAUUUUGGGGCUGAUGAGAAUCUUGGUCCAGUGGCUGUGAGCAUUCGAAGGGAAAAACCUGAAGAAAUGAAAGAAAAUGGAUCUCCAUACAACUACCGAAUAAUUUUUAGAACUAGUGAGCUCAUGACGCUGAGAGGUUCAGUCCUGGAGGAUGCCAUUCCCUCAACAGCCAAGCACUCAACAGCCAGAGGGCUGCCUCUGAAGGAAGUGCUGGAGCAUGUGGUACCCGAGCUCAACGUGCAGUGCCUGCGACUGGCCUUCAACACACCCAAGGUCACAGAGCAGCUCAUGAAGUUGGACGAGCAAGGGCUGAACUUCCAGCAGAAAGUGGGCAUCAUGUACUGCAGAGCUGGGCAGAGCACCGAGGAGGAGAUGUACAACAACGAGGCCGCUGGCCCGGCCUUCGAAGAGUUCCUCCAGCUCCUGGGAGAGCGGGUUCGGCUCAAGGGAUUUGAGAAGUAUCGUGCACAGCUUGACACCAAAACUGACUCCACUGGAACUCACUCUCUGUACACAACGUACAAGGACUAUGAGAUCAUGUUCCAUGUCUCCACCAUGCUACCCUACACACCUAACAACAAGCAGCAGCUCCUUCGGAAGCGACACAUUGGAAAUGACAUCGUCACCAUCGUUUUCCAAGAGCCUGGAGCUCAGCCUUUCAGUCCAAAAAACAUCCGCUCCCAUUUCCAGCACGUCUUCGUCAUCGUCCGGGCACACAACCCCUGCUCUGACAGUGUCUGCUACAGCGUGGCUGUUACCAGGUCCAGAGACGUGCCUUCCUUUGGGCCUCCCAUCCCAAAAGGGGUCACUUUCCCCAAGUCACAUGUGUUCAGGGACUUCCUUCUGGUCAAAGUGAUUAAUGCGGAAAACGCUGCUCACAAAUCGGAGAAGUUCCGAGCCAUGGCGACACGUACCCGCCAGGAAUACCUGAAGGACCUGGCGGAGAAGAACGUCACCAAUACCCCUAUCGACCCUUCUGGCAAGUUCCCCUUUAUCUCCCUGGCCUCCAAAAAGAAGGAGAAGUCUAAGCCAUACCCAGGUGCUGAGCUCAGCAGCAUGGGGGCCAUUGUGUGGGCUGUCCGCGCCAAGGACUACAGCACAGCCCUAGAGAUUGACUGCCUCUUGGGGAUCUCUAAUGAGGUCGUCGUCCUCAUCGAGCAGGAGACGAAGAGCGUGGUGUUCAACUGUUCCUGCAGGGACGUCAUCGGGUGGACCUCAGCCAAUGCUAGCCUCAAGAUCUUCUAUGAGCGUGGAGAGUGUGUCUCGGUGGAGAGCUUCAUGGGCAGCGAGGACAUCAAGGAGAUGGUCAGGAGGUUGCAGUUCGUCUCAAAAGGCUGUGAGUCAGUGGAGAUGACUCUGCGAAGAAACGGGCUGGGACAGCUUGGUUUCCAUGUCAACUACGAGGGUAUCGUGGCUGAUGUAGAGCCCUAUGGUUAUGCGUGGCAGGCAGGGCUGAGACAAGGCAGCCGCCUGGUGGAGAUCUGCAAGGUGGCGGUGGCCACCCUGAGCCAUGAGCAGAUGAUUGACCUCCUGAGGACAUCUGUCACAGUGAAGGUCGUCAUCAUCCCCCCGCACGACGACUGCACCCCGCGCAGGAGUUGCUCUGAAGCCUUCCGCAUGCCCGUGAUGGAGUACAAGGUGAACGAGGGCGUCCCAUACGAGUUCAAGUUCCCCUUCCGGAACAACAACAAGUGGCAGAGGAAUGCUGGCAAGGGGCCCCACACCCCUACUGUCCCAUCCCAGAGCCCAGUGGCCCCACGGCUGAACACUGGUAAGGCUGAUGGGAAGAUACCACCUCCAGAGCGAGCUGCCAACAUCCCACGGAGCAUCUCCAGCGAUGGGCGCCCCCUGGAGCGGCGGCUAUCUCCUGGUUCGGACAUUUAUGUGACGGUUUCAUCCAUGGCUCUGGCAAGAUCGCAGUGUCGUAACUCCCCCAGCAGCCUGUCUUCGUCCAGUGAGACAGGCUCUGGGGGUGGCACAUACAGGCAGAAGUCCAUGCCCGAAGGGUUUGGCAUGACCCGUAGGUCCCCUGCCUCCAUGGACCGGCAGAACACCCAGUCGGACCUCGGUGGCAGUGGGAAGUCCACCCCCAGCUGGCCAAGGAGUGAGGACAGCAUUGCCGACCAGAUGGCUUACGGUUAUAGAGGACCUCAGGAUUUCAAUUCUUUUGUCCUCGAGCAGCAUGAAUACACAGAGCCCACAUGCCACCUCCCAGCAGUGUCCAAGGUUCUGCCAGCUUUCCGAGAGAGCCCCAGUGGGAGAUUAAUGCGGCAGGAUCCAGUGGUUCAUUUGUCUCCAAACAGACAAGGGCAUUCCGACAGCCACUAUUCGAGCCACUCCAGCAGCAACACCCUGUCCAGCAACGCCUCCAGCGCCCAUAGCGAUGAGAAGUGGUUCGAUGCAGACCGCACAGAGGCCGAGCUCAACAGCUACAGCUAUCUGCAGGGCACAUCGGCUGACAGUGGCAUUGACACCACAUCCUAUGGCCCCAGCCACGGCAGUACUGCCUCGCUGGGGGCCACUACGUCAUCACCCCGCGCGGGGCCGGGCAAGGAGAAGGUGGCGCCACCCUGGCACAGCUCCAGCGAUGCCAUCUCCAUGGCGGAUCGGCCCCUGGACACGGAGGGCCAUGGCAUGGAGCGAAAGGCAGAGUCCUCCCUGAGCCUGGACCUCCACAGCAAGGGACCUGGUGGCUCAAGCCCGCUGGCCAGGGAGAACAGCACGUUCAGCAUCGGCGACGUAGCCUCCCACACCAGCACUCUGAGCUCCCGACACUCUGCCAGUCCUGUGGUUUUCACCAGCGCCCGAAGUUCACCCAAAGAGGAGCUGCACCCGGCCGCCUCCUCCCAGCUCGCCCCAGCCUUCUCCUCCUCCUCCUCCUCCUCUUCUGGCCCCAGGAGCUUCUACCCACGCCAGGGUGCGACUAGCAAAUACCUGAUUGGAUGGAAGAAACCUGAAGGAACCAUCAACUCUGUGGGGUUUAUGGACACGAGAAAGCGUCAUCAAAGUGAUGGCAAUGAGAUGGCCCACACCAGGCUGCGGGCCUCCACCAGGGACCUCCGGGCGUCCCCCAAGCCAGCCUCCAAGUCUACCAUCGAGGAGGAUCUGAAGAAACUGAUUGAUCUCGAAAGCCCAACUCCCGAAUCACAGAAGAACUUUAAGUUUCACGCGCUGUCCUCCCCACAGUCUCCCUUCCCUGCCACGCCCACCUCCCGCCGGGGCCUGCACCGCACGCUGUCAGAUGAGAGCAUCUACAGUAGCCAGCGGGAGCACUUCUUUCCCUCACGGACGUCACUCCUGGACCAAGCACUGCCCAAUGACGUGCUCUUCAGCAGCACCUACCCCUCGCUUCCCAAGUCCCUGCCUCUGCGAAGGCCAUCCUACACCCUGGGGAUGAAGUCGCUGCAUGGAGAGUUCUCAGCCUCAGACAGUUCCCUGCCUGACAUCCAGGAGACACACAGGACACCCAUACCUGACCCUGGCCUCAUGCCCCUGCCCGAUGCCGCUGCUGACUUGGAUUGGUCCAACCUGGUAGAUGCUGCCAAAGCCUAUGAGGUCCAGAGAGCCUCAUUUUUUGCUGCUAGUGAUGAAAACCAUCGACCCCUGAGUGCCGCAUCUAACGGUGAUCAGCUUGAGGAUCUGCCUCUGGCCCAGAUGAAACCGUACAGCAGCAGCAAGGACUCGUCGCCCACGCUGGCGUCCAAGGUGGACCAACUGGAAGGCAUGCUGAAGAUGCUGCGGGAGGACCUCAAAAAGGAGAAGGAGGACAAGGCCCACCUGCAGGCUGAAGUUCAGCACCUGCGGGAGCACAACCUGCGGCUGCAGGAGGAGUCGCAGAAUGCCUCUGACAAGCUGAAGAAGUUCACCGAGUGGGUCUUCAACACCAUUGACAUGAGCUAGGCAACAGUGAGGCCCGUCCUGCCCAGAAGCUUCCUCCUCGGCCCUCCUGGGGGCCAGCACACUGCACAUCAACAGUCAGUCUCUCUCUGCCUUUUGUAGAAAAGAAUAACAAAAAGUACAUAAAAAUUUUAAAAGUAAAAUAAAAGUUUAACUGCUAAAACGUGAAUGUCUUUAUUUUUUUGCACACUAGCUUUAACUGUUGCAUAUUGAAGACACCAGGCCUGGCUGGGUGUCGCCCACCUGCCCCUACCACCCCCAGCAGCUUUCUUAUCUUUCAGGUAACCCAGGCAUCUCUUGUUCCCCCAGCAAAUGCUGUCACUUCUGGGAAAGUCGAGCUUUUGACCUUGUUUCCUUGGGGAGUGUAGAGGCUGCCUCCUUGCCUUCAUCCCUAAAUACCACAGGGGGAACACUUUGAGCUGGGGCAUUCUGAACCAUCUUCCCAGGGUCAGCAGGUUGAUCAUGUGACAGCAGGUCAGCGAACAAGGAGAGGCUCUAAAGUUGCCCUAGGCCACAGGCCCCCGCUGUGAGGUCACUUCCUGCCACUCCCUUCCCAGAAAGUGACCCAGGUGUGCUGCUCAGAGCCAGGGUUUUUUUUUGUUUGACAGGAGGGAGCCCCACUCAGAUGGAAUCAGCCUCCCCCAAGCUUCUUGCCUCCACCCGAGUUGGCUACAGAACUCCCUCAAACUAAAACUCUGUAUGCACUCUGCAUUUUAGUCAAAAGUACCUAUAAUUUUUGUUUAAGAUGUUUAAAGAUAAAAAUGUGGCAAAAUUGGUUUUCUUGACUUGCUCAAAAUGACCAUAUCAAUAAAUGAGUAAGUUUCUCUCCAGAGCAAGACUCCACCAGUGUUUGUAACUGGAAAAGCUGAUAGUGACUGUCUCGUUGUGAAUGUUAAUCUUACUUGCUGGAGCAAUAACUGUGGUCAAAGAAUGGGCUAUGACACCUGCAUGUCCCCAUGUGAAAUGUAAGCGUGGCAUUUUCUGCACCUUUGGGUAGCCAGAGGACCCUGUUGCAGAAAUCACUGAUGUGGUUUCCUGUCUAAUGAAGCAGGCAGCUCAGGCCAUCCAAGGCCCUGACUACUGUAGAGACAGACACAGAGUGACCUGCAUGACUAACCCAAGGAGGUCCCUCCUGUCUUGCCUUCACAACUGUCACUAAACUGACCUCUCUUCCCUUCAGUGGCAACUCUGGUCCAAGGGAACAUUCUGCAACCUGGCAGCCCACACUGGGAAGUGCCCACCCCAGUGAUCUCUUCCUUCAUCUCCCAGCCCUGAAGGAAACGGUCAGGCUUGCCUCUCUCUCUCUACCCAACACCUACUGCCGGACUUUUAUGCUCCAGUUUCAUUCAUGAUUGUGAUUUCUCCAUGGGAUUUUUUUUUUUUUCUGGUGACAUUUCUGUCCUGGAAACACAAAGAUUUCGGAGUGCUUUAUAAAGACCCCAAGAGUCUGUCUCUCUCUCUCUGAGUUGUGUGAAGGAGAUUAUACACUGCCUGCUCUCUCUGUAAAUGAGGAGCACUACUGACACCUGAGCAUCUGGAGUCUUGCUUACCCUUCUGAGCUUACUUUUCAUUUGGUUUUAUGUUUUGUUGGGGGACUCGGGGAAAGCUAUUUAUUAGAGUUUUGCAACAGAGUUCUUCUUACUGGAAGCCUUUAAAGACUACUUGUAAAAUUCAAACAAUAAAAUUCAUUUUGAAUGCUCUUUUAAAAUGCCUUGGUAUUACUGCUUGAGGUUUUUGUAUCUAAAAGACUAUCCAAUCAUUGGCUGACCAUCCAAGCAGUCUGAUUUUUUCAUCAAGCACUGUUAUUACUAAAGAUGGUUCUUGAAAGUUGCCAUCAAUUUUGGAAUGUUAAUAAACGUUUCACUCUGUC